AUGCUUCAUGGAACUAAUUGGCAUAUGUUCCGAGGAUUACAUGUAACACAUCAAGAGUAUUCGGCAAACAAUAAAAUUAUUAUAUGUACCUACUAUGUAGUGGCUUUAAGAGGUUUGAUCAGUAUAACGUCGUGCAAUGUGCUAAACUACACAAAGGGAUGUAAGCGCUUUGAGGGUAUCGUCCUCGGAGGCUGUGCGGGCGCGCCCUGGGCGCAGGUGGGAGGGAGGGAGAGGGAGGGAGAGUGCGAGGGUGGUGGAGGGGACGCGCGCCGGCAGCCGCACUCGCGCGCCGACGCCCGCCACAGACCUACGACCGAACGAUCGACGCCCGCGCCUGGUGUCGUAUUACCGCUC